AUGAGGGCAGCAGAAGAGCACUGUUCGGCUCUAGGGUCAAAGGCCAAAAGUCCAGCACCACAGUCAAACCCAUAUGCCCAAGCUCCCGCGUACUCUGAUCCCUAUACUGAAGCAAAAUCCAAGCUCUACGGUCCUCCCCAACCUCAGCCCAACGAUGGUAGACCGUCCGGUGGGCUACCCAGCGGGCCGAAGCAAGGCUACGGCGGUAUGAAUCACCCUCCGAACUCAAUGGGAAAUGCAGCAAAGAAUUCAUAUGGCGACCCAAACGGAGGUGGUUACGGCCCAGCAAAGCCAGGUGUCCAGGGAGGCUACGGGAGGGAUAGAUAUGGAGGCGAUGACAGGUCUGGUGGAGGAUCCAGACCCGGAGGCUACGGCGGUCUUGGAAAUUCGGAUCCCAACGCCGCAGACGACAAUAGAAAUGCACUGUUCGGAGAUGCCCGUCAGCGAUUACAGGAACGGCAACAGCAGCACGAUGGUCUCCCGCCGCCAUACAGUGCCCAUGGGGGGCAAGGUGAAAGCGGUGGCACAGGUACUACUUCUGGGGGUUAUGGUGCCUAUCAGGAUAGGCAACUUACUGCCGAGGAGGAGGAGGAAGAAGACGUCCAAGCCAUGAAACAGGAAAUCCGCUUUAUGAAACAGCAAGACGUGUCUUCCACUCGCAAUGCCCUCCGUGUAGCUGCUGAAGCUGAAGAAACCGGCCGCAACACUCUCGCUCGCCUCGGUGCCCAAGGAGAACGAAUUCACAACACAGAAAAGAAUCUCGAUCUCGCUGCAAACCAAAAUCGUAUUGCGGACGAAAAAUCUCGAGAACUCAAAAAACUUAAUAAAAGUAUGUUUGCGAUGCAUGUUUCGAACCCAUUCACAAGCGGAGAGCGCCGCAAAGCCCGCGAUGAGGCGAUUAUCAAUCGGCAUCAGGAAGAACGGUUGCAACGUGAAGAAACGCGAUUAGCUGCAUUUCGCACAGAGCAGCGUUUGGGCCAAACCUUCAAGGAGAUGGAGAAACAGAGCCGGCCCGGAGCGCCAAAGUCAAAAGCCAAUCUUGCAGAGAGAUCAAAAUAUCAAUUUGAGCAAGAUAGCGAGGACGAUGAGAUGGAGAAUGAGAUUGAGUCGAAUCUUGAUGCACUCCAUGGCGCUGCGACGAGACUCAAUGGUCUUGCGAGGGCUACUGGCAGGGAGCUCGAAGAGCAAAACGCUCGCCUGGAUGUCAUCAUGGGCAAGAGCGACUCUGUCGACGACCAGAUUCAUAUGAACCGUUCCCGGCUGGACCGGAUCCGUUAG